AGAAAAGUAAUAUUUGACAUUUACAAAAUGAGUACUUUUACUGUAGUAUUUUUAUUGCUAUUUGUAAGUUUUUACGUUAUAUCACUGUCCACAUAUACAUAUAUUACAUCGUUACCUCACUUAUCGAAUAACACAAUAUCAAGAGAAAAUAAAAUACGAGUGAAAAGAAUCGCAUCUAAUGAUUAUCAGUUAAAGGAUGAAGUAUUGAUGACAAACCUGAACACAAUAAACAAUAUUGAUUACAGUAAUGGUACAACUAAACCUAAUAUUCCAAACACAAUACCAACAGAAAAGAUGGUUACUUUAAAUAAAUGCUGUGCAGAUAACCAGUAUUUGAAUCCCAACUACGAGUGUCAAGAUGGAGACGAAGAUAUUUCAUCAGAGGAACUUCUAAACAAGAUAUCUGAUUAUUUUGAAAAUGCAUCAACUGAACGAAAUUACAUAAAUCAGAAUACCGUAAAUCUGAAAUAUAAUUAUAUUUUACGCUUACGAAAUGAACACGCAUUUGCCCUGAUUUGGCCCUCGUCAAAUACAAGUCAGCGUUAUACUUUUAAUCGAAAAGAACUGUUUUUAAACGAAUUCAUCCAUAUUAACAAGACGCGGUUGGUGACCUCUUUUUCUCCACAAUCCUUUUGUGUAGACAUACUUUCAUCGGGAGGAUAUCUGGUCACUUUUGUUAAUCCCUGUAUAGAAAAAAUAUGCAUACAAAAAUGUUGUCCUAAGGGAUUUUAUUAUAACAUACGUGAUAAAUUAUGCGUCGUUGAUCCUGCAUUUACCAAUAAUUUUGAACCAACAUUUCACGUAGAGAAUCAUAAAAUCCAAAAACAACCACAAUAUUAUGUAUUAGACAAGAAUUUUAAAUGCUCUGAUAAUGCUUUCAUGCAAAAGUUGCAAAUGGAACGAUUGGACGGUUCAUUGUAUCUACAGGAAGAUGGAUCACUUAUGACUUUCCAGGGUGCCAUACAAGGAGACUCUUAUAAUAUGACUGAUUACUGUAUUGAUCAAGUUUACGAUGGAAAUUCAGAAAAUGCUGUAAUUGGCGGUUUUAUUUGUCAACUUAUAAAAGAAAACCCAGAGCGCCUUAAGCUUAACCAAACUCUUUCUCUGGAGCCAAGAUUACGUAAACAACAAAAACUAGAUGAUUUAAAGAUAUUAAGCAGCUGUUGCAAUAUUCCAACAGUCAUUGUUAUUGAAUUAAUAGGGUGUUUAUUGGCUGCUAUUUUUUUUCUAAAUUAAAUUUUUUCUAUCUACUAAUUAUUUAUUAGUAUAUAAAAAAUUAUUACAUUGUUAUUAUAUUUUCCGAAAACUCUAGAAAUAUAAACAGGUUUAGAACAA